CUCGGAUCAGUCAUUUUGAAAAUGGCGGGUAUCGUGAAUGUCGAUGAAUUGGAACAUUUGAUCGGAAUUAUGUAACGAUAAAAGUUUUACACGGUUUUGAGAGGUCCAAUGGCUUCAGGUCCCGCUAAUGAUGACCUUGAAGUUGUAGAAAUUGUUACAUAUGAUCGAAAUGAUCGUGAAAAUGAGAACGUCGUGGAGUCGGAGGACGAGUCGGAUCGCGAAGAACAAGAGAUGGAGGUGGACGCGGGCGAAAAUGAACAAGAAAACGAACGCGUUCAGCAAUCAAGCGAGGAAAAUAACAUGCCAGAUGUAUCAGAGGUGCAGUCGUCGAUUCAAAAUGUGACGCCGGCGGUCGCCAGAAAUGUACAAGUUCUUGGACUGUCAGAAGUGAAUUCCCCAGACGAGUUUCAAAAAAAGUCAUCAAAAACAACCACUAAAAACAUUUCUGCGACAGCGAAAAAUACUAGGUUACCGGUUAAAUCACCCGAGAAAGAUGACGAUUCCCAAAGUUGUCCAAUUUGUUUUGAGCCUUGGUCAAACUCAGGUUCUCACAGGCUAUCAUCUCUCACUUGUGGGCAUCUCUUUGGAAGAAGCUGCAUCGAAAGAUGGUUAAAAGCCAAGGGAGGAAAUGAUAAAUGUCCACAGUGCAAUGCACCAGCAAGAAAAAGAGACAUAAGAAAUAUUUACACAAAAGCCAUUAAGGCUAUUGAUACAACAGAACGUGACAGGGCACUGGCAGAUCUGGAGAAGGAGAAGGAAGCUCGACAGAAGGCAGAAGAGAGAGAGGCUCGUGCAUUGCUGCAAUACCAGUUGGCAAAAGCUGAAUGUGAGAGAAUUGUCGAACAACUCAAAAGACAAGAGCAGCUGGUUGUCAGUUUACAAAGGGAAAGGUCCAGCUCGUGCUCUCAGUGCAGCUCAGAAUCUCAGGGGGCAUCAACAGCUGUAAGAACAUUUGGGCAGAGCACCUCUAGUCAGAGGUUACUGUCAAGGAAAUCAUAUGUUCUACAAACGUCUUUUCAAGUUUCACAGAAUGGAGCAAGAGUGAUUUCUUUUGAUCAACACCAUGCUGUACUAGUUGUGUCCAAGCCUUCACCAAACCAGCUCUUUCCUGGAUUUGGUGUGGUAAAGGUGAGCUCUUUAGAUUCAAAGCAUUGUGAGUUUGUGCGCAUUCACCAGAAGGCCGUCCGUGAUGUGGCAUUUAACAACAGAGGUGAUGGUUUAUUGUUGACAGCAAGCAUGGACAAGACUGUCAGGGUCACCAGUAUGCUGAGCAAUGCUGUUGUACAGACACCUGAAGAGUAUUCAGAAUACAACAGGGGGUUCCUGUCCUGUCAUUGCCUUGGCUCAUGUGUCAUCAGACCCUCAUGGUGCCCUGAGACCUGGAGGAAUUCUUGUUUGCAAACUUGAAGGAGCUUUUUUCUGGGAAAAAACACCUGGAGCUGAUUUUGUCCCCCAUUGCCUAACUCUUCCUGAAGGGUCUUGCACCAGUUUAUCCUUUGAGCCAUCAACUCGUCAUUGUUUGUUUUCUCUUCGCCCCUCCAAGAAAUUCCCUCAAACAAGACAUUUGGUUUGUCAGUUGCAAGGUAAAGGUGUGGGUGUAUCAAUGGCCCGAGCUCAAGCAGAAAGAGCAGGGAAUAUGGAGGAUGGUGACGAUGAUGCCAGCCUCUGUACCUGUCAAGCUGUCAAUCAAUGUGUUGGCGGCCCAACACAAAAGCUUCUCAGCAAAUCCAGGUUAUUCACUUGUCCUGAUGAUUGCAACACUCUGAUGGUGGCAGCUGGUGAUGAGAGCCUCUCAUCGACUUUGAUAUGGAAUGAGAAUGGAAACCAGCUGCAGAAACUACCUAAUCAAGGAAAAGAGACCUUAGAUGUUCUUCCCUUUGGUGUCAAUGGAAAUGACUAUCUUGCCACAAUUGAUGAGCAGAAAUUAAGUGUUUACAAAUGGAUGAAUAAAAAAAUUUACUGACAAAUUCUGCAUAGCUCAAAGUACUUAUUUGAUUGUACCAAUGUGUUAUAAGAUCUGUGUCCACAAUUGUACAUUAAAGGCUAUGGGAAGAGAAGAAAGUUAACAAGUUCUGUGGAAUCUACAGCUUAAUUUUUUUUGCUUCCUUUGGGGAGGAGAAUGCUAAUCUGCAGAGCUGACGGUACUCUUUCAAGCACACCACCAAAUAUUUCUAAGGGAAUGAGAAGAUGAUUGAAGUCUGUCAGUGG